AUGUCACAGAUUAGAGGAAACAGUGUCAAACCGUUGCGCACAAUUCGAAUUCCAUGGUUUGAUAACUCGGAUAUAAUCAGAAGUUUGAACAAAACUCUGAUCGGUAGGAUUACGAAUCCUGACACUCAGAAUGUCGGAUCAUUAGUUUCAAUGAUGCCCAAAAUCUGGAAACUAGAUGAUGAUCGUGUAACCGGUAAUGAUUUGGGUUUGGGAAAGUUCCGGUUUGAUUUCAAGAGAGAAGAAGAUAUUCUUGAAGUGCUCAAAACAGAGCCUUUCAGUUUUAACCAAUGGAUGGUUUCGAUUGUAAGAUGGGAACCGGGUGUACACAAAAACCACCCGUCUGAUAUAACGUUUUGGGUCACACUCGUUGGUGUUCCUACCCAUUUGUGGGAAGAUCGGGUUUUGAGGAGAAUCGGGGACGAGCUUGGUACGGUUCGAGAAGUUGAUGAAGUCAAUGCAAGGGUUAAAGUGACUGUCGAUGGUACGAAGCCAUUGUGUUUCGAAAUACCGGUUCUGUUUGAAACCGAGGAGGUGGAUGUGAAGGUGGAGUAUGAGAAGCUUUUCGGUUAUUGUGCGACUUGUUUUCGUCUUUCUCAUGAUAAAGAGUCUUGCCCUGAAAGCGACUUACGCAAAGAUGUGGAGGAAGAGAGAGAUUUGAAGAUGCAUGCAACUAUUUGCAUGGUGGAUUGA